GAAAGGAUUAUAGUGAUAUGAUUAUCCUUAAGAUUUUUUGUUCAAAACAGUCACGUUCUAACACAUAAUUGUGUCAUUGACGUGUUUGAAGACAGAAGACCAAAGUCACAGAUAUACAGCUGACUGUGUAUGUUUAUCUACACUGAAAAUGACACGUACCAUACCACAGUUGGUCAGAGACUACUUAGAGGAACGCCGGAUUCAACGAAACCGCCUAGUGACUAAAGAUGGUCACUGCAAUAUUGAAUAUGGUCAUGUGUGGUACAGCAGUCACUUAGCCUACCUGCUAGACUUAUGGACCACCAUCUUGGAGCUUCGCCUCAGUGUUGUCAUGAUCUUAUUUACAUGUUCAUUUUUUCUCAGCUGGUUUUUGUUUUCUGUUUUAUGGUAUUGGAUUGCAUACAGUAACGGUGACUUGUGGUGGCAAUACCCUCCAAAUGAUCAUACACCUUGUGUAAUUAAUGUCUAUGGUCUGACCAGUGCUUUCCUUUAUUCCUUAACAACUCAGAUGACUAUUGGUUACAGUUUCCGAGUCAUCACUCCGGUUUGUCCAGGUGCCAUCACCCUUCUUGUUGUUCAGACUAUAAUUGGUACAAUCAUUAAGAGCGUCUGGUGUGGAAUCGUCAUUUCCAAGUUUUCCUUGCCUAAGAAAAGAGCUAAAACAAUCCAGUUCAGUGAAACGGCUGUCAUCUCCCCCAAAGACGGUUCCCUCUGUUUGCAACUCAGAGUUGCCAAUCUGCGUAAAACUUUGUUGGUUGGAAGUAACAUAUAUGGAAAACUGCUUCGAACGACUGUCACACCCGAAGGUGAGACUAUUAUUAUGGACCAGAUCAAGAUUGAUUUCCUAGUAGAUGCUGGAAAAGACAACUUGUUCUUCGCCUGUCCUUUGACCAUUUAUCAUGUGAUUGACAAAACAAGUCCAUUCUAUGAGAUGUCAGUGGAUACUCUGCAACAGCAAGAAUUUGAACUUGUAGUGUUUCUUAAUGCCACAGAUGAGUCCACAAAUUUCUUUUGUCAGGUCAGAACAUCAUACAUUCCACGAGAGCUCAUGUGGGGUUAUGAUUUUUUCCCCAUCAUAACCCGGAACAAAGACGGAACAUACUGUGUGGACUUUUCUGAGUUUUCUAGAGUGGUACCUGUACUAACACCUCAUUGUCCCUACUGUUUCGAUGAUGAGGCAGCCCAUAAUUAUAACUCCAAAUACCAGCACUGAUAAUCAAAGAUCAAGUGGUAAACUUUAAAUUCAUGUGAUGUUCAUAAAGGCUUUUAAUAUGCAACCUUUUAAAAUGUAACCUUGUUUCAAAAUACUGUUCGUUGAUGGGA